AUGAACACGCCAACAAACAUACGCGCGAGUCGUCCCCGGAACGAAGAACGCCAGAGUUCCUACGAGUUCCGUCGAUUACUCGAGUCUCUAUCACCUGGACAACUUUUCCAUGUCUGUCCUCAUCGACGUUCCCUGUCCGCUUUUGAGAUUAUGCGUGGCCUAAGGAGCAGCAGCGAGAUAUAUAUCAAGGCACUCGAUUGUGGUCGGAAGAGAUUGGCCAGGGAUGCGAAUGGUGUUCUUCAUUUUGCGGCCCCCAAGUUGCCCCAGGCCGAGUUGACGUGGAUUCGACAAGCGACCUUCGAUAACAAAGCUCGAAUGUCGAUCAUCGCGAACAACCUCAAUCUUCCCGCAAUCGCCGAUUCGAGGCAUCUGGACCUCGCCGUCUUCUACUACUUCGUCAGCGAGGAAGAAAGCUCACUUCCUGUCCACCUGACAUGGUUAUGGGGGUUGUUGGAACCGCUUCGGCGAGUUACAACUAAGCACUGGGCGAGCAUGCCGGCGAGAUCCUUUUCUCGUGCUCAGAUCGCAAGGGAGAAUGUGACUCGAGAUGUCUUGGAAGAAAUGCGUGCAAAAAGUCUCAGCCGAUCGCAAACCAGGCGCUGGCACCCCUACCGCACAUCGCCAGUGCCGCCACCACCACUGGACUCGUACACACGCUGGCGCCAGGCUCGUUACCCGCGUCAUUCUCGAUAG